AUGAGCGUGGCGAUCCGUUGCCCGCCGACGAGGUCCCACACCCGCGCGGCGCCGUCGACGCCUGCGGGUGUCGCGCAGCCAGGCCCCCCGGUACUCGCCGCGGCGACCGCCGCGCGCGAUCGCUCGGCGGGUCGCCAUCGCGUUGCGGUCGCGGCGGUGCCCCGGCAGGGCCCGGAGCUCCUCGAUCGCGCGGGCCGCGGCCGUGGGGUCGGCGUCCCCGAGGUCGCGGGCGCCCGCCAGCAGCCGUCGGGCGCGUGCGGCGGCCACGGUGAGCUCGUCCGGGGUGCGGGAGCGGCAGAUCACCAGGGGGCUCGUCCGGAUGGGGGCCAACGGCAUGAUCCGGGCGCGGUGCUUCGCGGCGGCGACGAGCACCCGUCCGUCGCCGGUCAGGCGGAUCGGGGCGGCGAACACGCCGUCGCGGUCGGCCCCGUGCAGGGGGGUGCGCCGGCAGCGGCCGGUGUCGAGGUCCCAGAGGCGCACCGCUCCCGUCACCUCGUCGACGACGGCCGUCGCGGGCGGGCCGGCCACGACGUCGGUGAUCCGGGGGACCCGUCGCGUCCCGCUGUCGAGGACCCUGAUGCAGGUGCCGGUGUCCAGGUCCCACACGCGCAGCGUGCCGUCGCCGCUCGCCGUGACCGCUCGGCCCCCGUCGGGAGUGAUCCGGACCGAGGUGAGCGGGCCCGCAUGGCCGACCAGCACGUGGCCGCAGAGGCCGGCGCGCACGUCCCAGACACGGGCCGAGAGGUCGUCGAACCCGCCCGCGGCGGUCACGGCGGUGCGCCCCGUGGGGUCGACGGCGAUGUCCUCCACCGGCCCGACGUGCCCUCGCAACGUCGUGAGCCGCCGCCCGGACACGAGGUCCCAGACCCGCACACCACCGUCGCUCUCGCCGACGAGCAGGACCUGCUCGUCGGGAGUGAGGGCCGUGACCGUCGCGUACGUGCCGGCCGGGAGCACCCGCUCGCGCCACCGCCCGGUCCGCGCGACCCGGACCGAGCGGGCGUCGUCGGCGAUCACCGCCGCGCAGCCCGUCGAGGGGCCGAGCGCCGAGACCAGGGUGACCCGCGGCCCGCCGCGACCGCGGCGCACGACGCGGAACCGCCCCGACUCCAGAUCCCACCGGCAGACCCGCCCGUCGUCGUCCGCACUCACCGCCCCGCGCCCGUCGGCGCUCGGGACGAUCCCGACCACCCUGGUCGAGUGCCCGCCUCGCAGGCGCCCGACGGGCUCACCUCCCGGCAACGCGUGCACGUCGAUCCCGCCCGUCGCGCGCCCGAGGAGGAGCCGCCCGCCGUCGGGGGUGACGGCGAACCCGGGGCCACCCAGCGCUCCGAGGGUGUCGUCGGUGGGCAG